GUGGCCUCCAACAAACCCGACAUUGGUGGGUCCAACACAAUCGCUGCCAAUCUGCUCGCCUUCUAAGCUCUGCUGCUGGUCUGGUACACUGUAGAGCUUCUGGUAGCGUCAUUUGCUUCCACAUUUAUUAAAGACGCAAACGCGGCAGUUUAUUUUAUCGAAAUCGAGGACGUAACCAUGGCCGAUACGGGUAACAAGAAGCAAAAGCUGGUUCACACGAGCGGUGCUCCCAUCUAUAUGGAAACUUCUUCGGCUCCCACAAAUAUUGCCACAAUUAAAUACUGGGGUAAAGCAGAUGCCAAGUGGAAUACUCCCAUUAAUGACUCUGUCAGUGUUACUUUGAAUCAGGAUGAUCUCAAAGCUGUCACUACAGUUGCUGCUUCCACUGCCUUUGAAAACGAUCGUUUGUGGCUGAAUGGUGAAGAAGAGGAAGGAGCUGCCGACAACAAACGUUUUCGGGCUUGUGUCGAUGGAGUGCGGGCAUUGGCUACAGAAAAGAAGGAUGAUGAUGGCAAAGUCUUGGUGACCAAGGAGGAUUGGAGCAAGAUGAAGAUUCAUGUUUCUAGCUACAACACCUUCCCCACGGCAGCUGGAUUGGCCAGCAGUGCUGCUGGAUAUGCUGCGUUGGUGGCUGCUCUUGCUCUUUUGUUUGGUGCCAAAGAGGAAUUUCCUGGACAACUAACAAGUAUUGCUCGUCAAGGAAGUGGAUCGGCUUGUCGUUCUCUUAGUGGAGGAUUUGUUGCAUGGAGAAAAGGUGGUAAGAAAGAGGAUUGGUCAGACAGCCUUGCAGAACAGGUUGCCGAUGAAAAUCAUUGGCCAGAAAUUCGGGCUGUCAUUAUGGUUGUCUCGGAUGCCAAGAAGGACACCUCAUCUACUGCCGGUAUGAGUACGAGUGUGGAAACUUCCUUGUUGUUGAAGCACAGGGCGGAUACAGUUGUGAGCCAGCGCAUGGAGGCCAUUGAAAAGGCAUUUUUGGCGAAAGAUUUUGAAACCUUUGGUCAGCUCACCAUGGCUGAUUCCAACCAGUUUCAUGCUACUUGUUUGGACACAUAUCCUCCCAUUUUCUAUAUGAAUGACGUCUCCAAGAGCAUCAUCCGAAUCAUUCAUGUAUACAACAAGUGGGCUGGGAAAAUUCAAGCAGCCUACACUUUUGAUGCUGGUCCCAAUGCUGUCAUCUUUACCCUGGAGGAACAUGCCGUUGAAGUUGGAGCCCUCAUGCUGCACUACUAUCCAGAAUUUGGUGACAAAUAUGUGAAUAAUCCUGAUUUUGAAAAGAAGAUUAAGGAUUUCAAGUUGGACAAGGAUCUUUUGGAGGCUACAGACAAGACUGGCAGAGAACCCAAGUCAGGUGAGGUCAAGAUGAUGUACUACACCAGUAGUGGUCCUGGUCCACAGAGAUUGACAGAUACUAUCCUCAAUCUUGAUCCCACCACUGGACUCAACACCUACAAAAAGUGA